CGCGCUCCGCCGUCCCCGCGGGGUGCCGGCACCCGCACACCUCGCUGCCGCUGCUGCACAGGGAAUCGCUGCCCAGCCGGACGCAGGGACGAUGAAGCUGCUGGAGAACUCAAGCUUUGAAGCAAUCAACUCCCAGCUGACGGUGGAGACCGGAGAUGCUCACAUCAUCGGCAGGAUCGAGAGCUACUCCUGCAAGAUGGCCGGCGACGACAAGCACAUGUUCAAGCAGUUCUGCCAGGAGGGCCAGCCCCACGUGCUGGAGGCGCUGUCGCCCCCGCAGACCACGGGGAUCAGCCCCAGCAGGCUCGGCAAAAGUCAGAGCGGCGACGAGGAGGGCCCCCUGAGCGACAAGUGCAGCCGCAAGACCCUCUUCUACCUGAUAGCCACGCUCAACGAGUCCUUCCGCCCCGACUACGACUUCAGCGCCGCCAAGAGCCACGAGUUCAGCCGGGAGCCCAGCCUCAACUGGGUGGUGAACGCUGUCAACUGCAGCCUCUUCUCUGCGGUCCGGGAGGAUUUCAAGGCCCUGAAGCCGCACCUGUGGGACGCCGUGGACGAGGAGAUCUGCCUGUCGGAGUGUGACAUCUACAGCUACAACCCAGACCUGGAUUCGGACCCCUUUGGAGAAGACGGGAGCCUCUGGUCCUUCAACUACUUCUUCUACAACAAGAGGCUGAAGAGGAUCGUCUUUUUUACCUGCCGUUCCAUCAGCGGGUACGCCUACACGCGCCCCGAGGCUGGAAACGAGCUGGACAUGGACCUCGGGGAGGAGGAUGCGGAGAGGAGCAGGGAUGGCCACGACGCCGAGAGCGGCAGCAUCGAGGAGGACAGGUUGCAGGUUAUCUGCAUGUGAGUGCCCGGAGCCGCUCCAAGGUGCCUCUGGCCCUGCCUCAUCCCACCCGCGCCCGGCGGCCCCCAGCUCCCCGCCCUGCCCCGCGCUGCAGCGUCGCCCUGCCCACCGUACACUGGAGUGCCCAGGCACCUCGGAGCACGAGGAACUGAACGCAGCCGCACGGCCUCGCUCCGGGUGCUGCCGGCCGACGUCCCCUCGGGGUCUCCGGACAGCCGCGCGGGGCUCCGAGAAGCUUUGCUGCACUUUAUCGCUGAUCUCAUUGGCUGCACUGACCUGCAAACUCCUCGCGGCUCUGAAGCCGGGCUGGACUUUUCCUCGAGCACUUUUUCUCCCCCGGCUGUGAUGCAGCGAGCGCCGUCCGUCCCCGGCCCCAGCGGCAGCGGAGGGGGCCGGCGGAGCCUCCUCCCGCAGAGCUCGGUGAACUGUCCUCAGCUCCUUCCCCGAGGAAGCGUCCGUUCGUUUCAAAGAGCUUUGCUUUGCUCUUGCCCUCA